GAAGUAUUAGAAUUUAGAGGAACAACAGCAGCUACAAUUUUCAAAUUUUGAAAACAAGUAAAAUAAAUCUGAAUGACAAAAAUAAUACCAAAAAAACAACAGAGAAAUUACCCCUCAUAUACUCUAUCAGUGAAAGAAUUACCCAUUUUGGGUAUGUUGCAGAUGAAACCUUUGGUCUCUUUACUCCUUUUUUUCCCCUUUGGUAUUUAGCUAUACAACCCCGCAGCUUUAUAGCCAUCUCCUGCUGUAAGGGUUUUUCUACUCUCAUUAUAAGACAGACUGUAAUUUGUCCCAUUACCCCAUAUGCCCUCAGGCCUCAACAACUAUUGUAACAACAUUAAAAACAAUAAUAAUGUGACAGAGCGAGAUUAUUUACUAUAGUCUUAUACUCAAAAAGUGCAUCCGUAGACAUUGCAGUGAGGAUUGUACACUCAUACUCAAGAAUACACACAAACAAACCUCUCAAAUUCUGUGUAUUCAAGAACACAUCCAUGCCGCCAAAGAAAAGAGGGAGACCAUCUCUCCAUUUUUCUGUACUCAAGAACACAGCCAUAGCGCCAAAGAAGAGGGGGAGACCACCUCUCAAUUUCUCUGUACUCAAGCACACAACCAUGUCGCCUAAGAAGAGAGGGAGACCAAAGCUAAAAAGGAAGCACUUGGAUGAGGUUGAGAGUAUUUCCCAUUCUGAUUCAACCACCAACCUUAACAACCAGUCAGAGUCUUGGCAACGCCCUCUCUCUGCCAGAAAGCAGAUAAUUCCAACUUCCACCCGCUCUUUGAGAUCAGCUACAAGGCUUAUUGAUAAUGGAAUAACAUCUUUGCCAAGAUGUUCACAGCCUCAAAUAUCAAAUUCAAGAGUACAUUCUUCUGCCACUGAUGACAUCAAACAACUUGAUGUUUCAGCCAACACUGUCAAUUCUGCAUAUCAAGUUCCAAAAGGUUCUCUAGUAGAAUCCCCUUCAAGAAACCUAGUACAUGCUGCUCAUUCUCUCACAUUGGAACCAGAAAUGGGACAUAAAGAGGCUGAAAAUAUUGAAAAUUCAACAAUGAGCAUACAAGAGAUGAUGGAAGAAAUAGGUGAGGCUGGAAAGUCAUUGUCCAAUCAUUCAAAUCAAAUGGACGGACAUAUUACAUUUGAAGCAAAAAGUUUCCCUCUUGAACAUGAGCCUUUAGUAGGAGAAAUUCAAGCCUCAACUAAGUUUGAGGAAAUAACAAAUAAGUAUGGUAGGAAGUCUAUUUCAAUGGUUGCCAUGGCAGCAGAUGAAGAUGGUGAUGAGGUUGAGGUUGAUUCUGAUACACAAAGCCAGCCUAAGGACACAAUUAAUGGAUACCAAGUGAAGCCAGAAUUCGUGCCUAUAUUAAGAAAAAUUAUCAGCAAGCAUGGAGAUAUUGCUAAGAAUUGCACGGAAGUGUCAGUGAAAUAUCGUUCAAUGUUGUUGGAGAUUAUUUGUGUUAUUAUAUCAGAGUUGGAUAAAAAGGAUGUUACCAAAGUCAAAGAAAAUGUCCUAAGAAGCAAGAUUGGUCUUGUUAAUGGAAUAAAAUCUAUGGAAAUGGAGGUUGAGUGGCUUCACAUGAGACUAGUUGAGAUACUUGAGGCAAGGAAGAUUCUUGAGUUGUUUGACACACUGAAAGAUAAAAAAGACAACAAUAGGAAGCUAAUUGAAAUGGCUGAGAAUACAUUGGAAGAAUGUGAAGCAGAGAAGAAGGAAGUGUUGGAGAUGCGCAGCGCAAUAUGUGAAAGAGAGAAAGCCAUAUGUGGUAGAGAGACUGUUUGCAAAGAGAAAUUGGUGAAAUUGAAGGAUGAGUCUACCAAGAUAUCUCAAACAGUCAAAUACGCCAAAUCUAAAGUCAGACGCUUUCUUAAUUGCUCACUGCUGGAUGGUUUGAUUUAGUAUUGCAAUUUCAUUUUCCUUUUUCUGCUUUUUUCAUGAUACUGGUUUUAGGAUUGCUUAUUUCGUUUAUAACUAUUUUGUUUCACAAUUACACAUGGAAUUUGGUUGCAAGUGUCGGAUUAUAUUCAUGUAUAGAUAUUUGAAUUUCCAUC